AUGACGAUUGCCUCCGAUAUUACAUCUCUUGUUCAUUUCUAUCGUGCACUGUGCCAGGGGACAAACCUGCUUGAACUCGAUUGCCACAUAACCAAAGAUGGGAUUGUGGUUGUGUCCCAUGAUGAAAAUAUGAAACGGCAGACAGGGCACAACAUUGAUAUCAGCCUUACAUACUAUAAGGAUUUGCCACACUAUCAGUCUUCUCUGGAGGUGACAUUUUCUCCAGGGAGCUUCUCCUCUGGCACUGAUCAUCAGAUUCCUCGUUUGGAAGAGGUUUUUGAGCAGUUCCCUUCAAUCCCGAUUAACAUUGAAAUUAAAGAGGAUAAUGAUGAGCUCAUCAAUAAGGUAGCACAUCUUGUCCAGACAUACCAUCGUUCCCACAUCACCAUCUGGGCCUCCAUCCAUGAUCGAAUACUUAAAAAAUGCCACAAAGCUAAUAAAGACAUGCCCUACAUCUUCUCCAGGAAGAGAGUCAUCGUCAUGCUUUGUCUCUGGUAUCUUGGACUCCUGCCCUUCUGCCCUCUGAAGGAAUCGUUCCUUGAAUUCGUGCUGCCCUCGAUCAUAAACAGGACUUAUUUUCCAGUGAAAAAGGGAAGACUUGGAUCACUACUGGCAAAAUUUACCACCAAGGUGGCAAUGCAUAAACAGCUGUUCAAACAUCUGGAAGACAGAGGAAUACAAGUUCUUCUUUGGGUUUUGAAUGAAGAAAACGAGUUUGAAGAAGCCUUUAGCUAUGGAGUCUCCGGAAUCAUGUCUGACUACCCAACUCUCCUUCGACAUUACCUGAAUGCUCACCCGCCACCACCUUCCCAUGCAUAAAUUGUUAUGUUAUUUUAGAAUCAUCGUUGACAUUUCUGGUGGGGAAUGGAGAGAGAAAAAGGAGAUGAAUGUAAAAGAUAGGAAACUCAAAGUGUAUUUUACCUGUGUAUGCUGUAAUUUUGAAAAAAAAAAUUGUUACCGGUGUGGGGCAUUUUCAGUAGCUGACUAACAUAUUACAUACUGAAGCAAGGGACUGAAGAUAAUGCGAGGCUAUUGUUUUGCUACAAUCCUGCUUGUAGAACACUGACAUUUUCAUUAUUCACCUCCUGAAUAAUCAGAACAAAAAGACAAAGGAGGAGGACAAUUCUCUCAU